AUGAAAAGUCAAGUGUCAAGCGGCUUCAAAAUUAAUGUGGAUUUACAACAUCGUUUGCCAAACUUCAAGCGUUACAAUAGCAUUUUUAACUAUGAUAUGGACGUUUGUCGCUUGCUCAAGUCGCUGCGCAGCAGCCUCUAUAAGAAAUGGCUAAGCAGCGUGCAUGAGUAUGGCAACUUUACAAAGAAGUGUCCUGCUCCUGCGGGCUACUAUUAUGUUAGAGACUGGCAGCUGAACGAGGAUUUGGUGCCAGCGUUUAUCUUAUCGGGUCAAUAUCGCUUGAAUGUCUAUGCAUAUUACGGACGCCGCAAUACAAGCUCUGAGGAUAUGUUUCUGGAUUCUCAAGCAGCGCUCAUGGGAAUAGCUUUGGUGUAG